AUGCACAUCUUCGCACCGACAGUGUGGGCGUGCACGGCGGCGACAGUUGACCUGGAGGCGGUGCGACGAGCGUUGCAGGAUGACUCCUUCGCGCAAGCAAAGAUGGCAGAGGCGCACAGGGGCACGGCAGCGACCGACGAGUUCCAGCUGCGAGAUGGUUUGCUCAUCCGUAAAGGGGCCAUCUACGUGCCGGGAGACGAACUUCGAGCCAAGGUACUGCAGCAGCUGCACGACGCGCCCACUGCCGGGCACUUUGGCAAGGAGAAAACGGUGGAAUUAGUAGCCAGAGACUUCUGGUGGCCAGGAAUGAGAGGGGAAGUCGCGGACUACGUGGCGAGGUGUGACACCUGCCAGAGGGCCAAACCAGUGCACAGACCGCCGGCCGGACUGCUGGAACCGCUGCAAACUCCGUUCGAACCAUGGGAGAGAGUGGCCCUGGACUUUGUCACGGAUCUGCCCAGCUCGAGGGGCAAGACGGCUGUGCUGGUGGUGGUGGACUUGUUCUCCAAGAUGGCACAUUUCAUUCCGUGUGCGAAGGUAGCCACGGCGGAACAAACCGCCAAACUGUUCAUAGACCACGUGUUCAAGGUUCACGGUCUGCCGCGGUCUAUUCUGUCCGACCGAGGGCGACAGUUCAUCUCGAACUUCUGGCAGAGGCUGAUGGGCUUCCUGAACGUCAAGAUCAACCUGGCGUCGGCUAGACACCCGCAGACCAAUGGGCAAGCGGAGCGGGUCAAUGCCAUCAUGCAGCAGUACCUGAGAUGUUAUGCGAAUCAACAGCCUGCGACGUGGGUGGAUUACCUGCCUCUCGCCGAGUUCGCCUACAACAACACGAAGCACGUGUCCACGGGGGUCACGCCGUUCUUCGCCAACAACGGGAGGCACCCCAGAACCUUCCCGGGACUGGAAAGAAUGGGGGAGGGGGAGCCGCAGACAGCAGAUGCAUUCGCGUCGGAGUUGCAGGAGGUCCACGAUCAGCUGCGGCGGCACCUGGAGCUGGCUAAACACGCAUACAAGGUACAAGCGGACAAACACAGAAGGGUUGGCGAAGAGAUCCAUGUGGGAGACUGGGUCUGGUUAGCAGCCCACGCAGUGCCGGCCAGGUCGUUGGCGAAGAAGAAACUAGGGCAUAAACAACUGGGGCCCUACCAAGUCGAAGAACAGGUCAACCCGGUGGCUUUCAGGCUGGCUCUUCUGGAGGGUUCCAGAAUGCAUCCGGUGUUCCACAGAUCGGUGCUCACUCCCUACAAGGCACCUCACAGGUUUCAGGAACCAGGAACGGCACCGGGUCCGCUCCGAGAGAGAACCGGGCAGGGGGGAGUGGCACGGGAGGAGCGCAUCAACGAAGUCACGGAGAUUUUGGACUCCAGAUGGGGGGAAGAGGGGGUAGAAUACCUUCUCGCCAAGGAGGGCACCCCGACCAGUGCCAACAGCUGGGUGCCGGGCUACGCUUUAGACGAACCUCUGCUCAAAGAAGAGUUUCAUGCCCUCUUCCCACAUAGGCCAAUGCCAGCAGACUUUUCGACGACUGGCUUUUCACGCCCACGCUUUCAGCCAGCACGUUCCGGGGUUCGACUCGGACGAGGAACCGACACGAGACGCCCGUUCCCCGGAGGGGUCACCCUCAGGAUCUGCUUCAGAACCCUCGUAUUGGUGGGAUGAUCGACCAGAGGAGCAGUUCCGUAGAAGGUGGCUGGAGGGUCCAGGACGAGCAACGUCUCCAGAAGGCAACGAGGAGAGACGGACAUGGAUCUCUUCGGGGACGACCCGGGUUUCGAGCACGGCGGCACAGAGAUGGAAGCGGAGGUGACCGUCGUCAACGAGAGCAGGGAGGAAGAACCGGAAGACUUCAGAUGGCGGCCCGCCACGGGAAGCGAACUGUAUCCGACAUUCGUCAACCCUUACAAUGCAGCACACAGUUACCGCACCGGAAGGAGGGGAGGGGGAAGAGGGGGCUUCGAGGGGGAUGGAUGUCAGGGGUUCAGGAGCAGAGGCAAGGGCAAGGGAGGAAACAGAGAGCGAGGGGAGGAGGCAGAAGAAAAGAUGAGUGAUGACGACGACCCGAGAUCUCCGAGUCUUUCCAGUGAAUCAGAAGAUUCACAGAAAGGAGCACCAGUGGCCAGGGCAAGGGGGAGCCUAGGGGGACACCCCAGGAAGAUAGAGCCAGAGGGGACUCAGAGGGGAGCAGUUGGAAAUCGGGACCAACGUCACCGCCAGAGAGCAGGGAAGAGGAAGGGCACCAGGGAUCAAGCGCUGGCAACUCACAACAGGGGGGAGGGCACGAGUCAGGAGUGGCCACACCUCCAUCGGGGAGCGAAGAAACGGUCAGACGGAAGGUGGAAGGUUGGGCGCGCGCGCUCGUUCACUUGCACAGGAAGGUCGUGCAGUAGGCAGCCCGGAAAGGGAGCCAGGUCCUAAAGCCCGCCGAAAGGAGGGAGAAGAGUCAUGGGAGUCAGCGUCAGCGUCAGAGGAAUCCCGGAAGGAAGAGACCCCGGGGGGCAGAGGGACCCAGAGAAGAACAGUCAGGAGGAAAAGGUGGAGCAGGGCUAGGAUAUUAAGUUGGUGUACAAGGGGCGGAGACUCAGACGGAGCUUCGCCGAUCUAAGCAUGAGACGUAGAGUUGCACGCAGCAGCUUGAGAAUGGAAACUGUAACUCAAUAAAGACUUUUGUUUAAUGGUCGCUGGCUAGCGUGAUCCUCUGUGAGCUAGGAUCUGGAAGCAGCUCUGACAAUGUGUGUCCAGAUAAUUCCUAUAUACCCAGAAACCUCAUUGUGUUAAAUGGAACUUACUUCCACAUAGGUCUACGGCCCUAGACAUUCCACUGGAAGGUGAGAGUAAAAUGCAACCUUUGCGUCUAUUGGCACAGCCUCCUAUAGAAGGAGAAUGCCUGACAUUAACCGGUGCCUGUUAUGCCCUCUUGGUACAAUGCUUUCAGCUAUUCUUCCUAAAUACAGCCUGCAUUGCAGGUUUAACUGCUCUGCUUAUCUUCUCAGGACAUCUAGUCACUUUUUCAAUGGCAUGAGACCAUUUGUGAGGUGCUUUAUAGCAGAAAAGAUGACAGUUCUGGUAUCCAAAAGAGUAUUCAUCACCUUCUGGAUGCCAGUCAACGCACAAUCUCCAGAUAACUUCAUGCUCUCUGAAAGGUCUGUUUCAAUGUCAAAGCCUCUUAUGUUUAGCAAUCAUUAACAGAUGUCACUGAGCAAUGUAGAUACCUGCCUGCCUUCUCCUCUGCAGAUUAUACCCUGUGUCUGAUGAAUGCAAUGAACGGGAGAGAGAUUGAACCCAACAGAACCCUCCCCGCACUCAAAGAAGCUCAAAGAGCCCUUUGUCAGUCGGGAUGUAAGGAGCCUGAGGCCAAAGUAUUUGAAGCAAGGCGGUUAGUAGACCUGAUCUUUAUUGAAGUACUGUUGCAACAGCGUUUCCCCUCCCCUUCCACGUCUGUGAGAGGCAGGUGAGAGAACCCAGAAAAAAAGAUAGGCCCUGCUUUUAUAUCCUUCGGUGGUGAUCUUACAUUUCCCAUGUCCUCCAUGUUUGUGCCAGGCCUACAUCAUGUACAUGUAAGAAAGUAUGCCAUGGGUUACCUGGGGCUUUGCGGAUGGGUGGUGGGGUUAGGUGGAGUGUGGGGAGAUUGUUCCCUCUGGGCACGUCAAAAGGUAGGUAUAGUUUAGGUGACUGAGUGAACACGCCGACCUUUUCUUUUCCCAAGUGCACGGAAGAAAGGAUGACUGGUGGCUGAUAUUUAAUCUUAGAUUUUCAAGAUUUCACAGUUGCAGCAGAUAGUCCAUGGAUGAUUGGAUACAGAGUAGGCCUUCAUCCUCCCAAGAAACAUAGUUUACAUUAGGAAGUGACAAUUACAGAGAAAGGUUGCAAUUUCCAUUUAGAUAUUCACUGAACACAAAGUAACAAGCAUAAAGUAACACAUACAAUUUGAAACCUCCCGAGACCUUCAGAAAAUGUUUCAUAAUUACAUACAAUGUUUUGACACCCGGAAUAAAGUUCUCAUUUGUUACAUAGCACAUGCAGUUGCUUCUUUCUUUAUCGGAUGAGGCACUACGGUUAUUUGGGAUUUUCUGCCGUCUUGCAGGAUAGACCUUGUUACAUAGUUCUUAUGGUUGCAAACUCGCUUGGAGGGAGAAGCAGGGUUCCAGUCCAGGAACCUCAGGUGGCAAAUUCCUAUAUCAUGCCUAAAGGACUCUAAAAUCAGAAACACGGAGACAGAGGAAAAAUCCUCUGUUGGAAGGAGGGUCUCAGAUUCCUGACCCAAAAGUCUACUGAAUGUCAGAUCAGGACCUAGGAAAGAGCUAGUCCUGGGUUAUUGUUGUUGUUGUUGUUGUUGUUGUUGUUGUUGUUGUUGUUAUUACUGCUGCAUACAUACCAUACUGUACAUUUAAAGGAUCCUGGGAACUGCGCUGUGUAAUGGGGUAAACUACAGUUCCUGGUCUUCUUUGAGGGAAGUGGUGUGCUUUUAAUGUCUUCUUCUUCUUUGGCGAUCACUUGUAGCCGAGUAAGAUUGUCUUCCAUAAACAUGGUUUUAACAAUGAGUCCGUAAGUGACUGUGGAGGCCAAUUCUGGAUCCACAUGUCCUUCCACAGUGGGGACAUUGGUUCCCGGGCGGGAGUUGCUCACGGUGCCUUCCUCUUAGCACGUUUCUCCCUUGACACAAGCUUGUGCUUGUCGUAUUUGCAGAUUGCAUUUUUGGCACAUUCUAAUGGAGGCCAAACACCCCAGCCAUUCCCUUAUAUCACAUUUCUCCUGCAGGCCUCGUUUUAACUUGGGAGAGAGUCCCGCAGUUUCCCCUCCUGUCAGCAGGGGCCACUCUAGCAGCUGAAAAGAGGCAGCCGUAGAAAGGUCGGCUGGCGUCUCCCUGCUUCUCCGCCUUCCUCCCGUCUCACAGCCUCAGGUCAGGGAGAGAAAGGAAACCCUGCAGAAGAGAUUGCAGCCCUGCUGCCUGGCAACAGCAGGUAAGCUCAUACACCUGGGCGAGCAAAGGGCAGGGGGAAAGGGGAGGCUGGGCUGGAGGGUAACUCUCGGACAACUGAGAGGACAGAUUGUCAUUCAGUGUUGGCUUCCAAAAACCCUUGUGGUUGGCAUUCUUUUUUAAAAAGAAACAAUGAUUAUGUAGAGCCCAAAUAUGAGAAAGCAUCUUUCACCAGGGCUUUAUCAGAAGUGGGGCCACUUCAACUCUGAGCUUGUUUUUAAUGCCACAGCUCAGUCCUGCCAGAAAAUUUAACGGCAGCUGUAAAAGCAUAUGCAGUGGUAUCUUUUGUUAAAAAGAAAGGGGAAAGGAUGUUUUCCAGUUUCCAGGUCGUAUUGUACCACUAAGAAGGCGGUAAAACUCAGUGGCUAAGACCAGAGUGUGAGUGAGGAAGCUCCUGCUUCAGGGCGGCACUUAGCUGUGGCCACAUCCUUGGACCACUCUUCAUAGAACUGUAGAGUUGGAGGGGACCCUGAUUAUCUAGUCCAACCCCCUGCAAUGCAGCUGUCCCAUACGUGGAUUGAACCUGCAACCUUGGCAUUAUCAGCACCACACUCUAACCGAAUGAGCUAUUUUUCCUCCCGCCCCAGGCUCCUCCACGAUGGCUGUGUUUUCCCUCCACUGUCAGAGGCCGUAUGCCUCUGAACACCGGUUGCUGUGAAUCACAAGUGUGGAGAGCACUGCUCCCUCAGUUCCUGCUUUUGGACUUCUCACAGGCAUCUGGUUGGCAACUUUGAGAAAAGGAUCCUUGACUAGAUGGAUCUUUGGCAGACCAAAGCUGUGCUUUCCUUUAUGUUCCUGUGUUAGCACCCCCUGUCAACAUUGACAACUCAUCACAAGACCAAACUAGGGCUGUGUACACAUCACUGGCUUAAAACUCAAUGAUGUUGUUUUUCUCAGCUUGGGCUGAAGCUGGGGGUUUUUUUUGGGGGGGGGGGACAGCAUUUCAUUUUUAAAAAUGACACAAUACCUAUGAACUGUGGUGAACUUUGUGUGUAUGCUGUUUCCCAAACAAGCAGUGGGAGUGCACCGGAUGCAGAGCAAAUGGGAGUAUGUUUGCAGCCUAGAUAUGACACCAGAAAACCUUUGACUGGUUGCCCUACUUGUUUUUUUGUAAUCUCAGUAGCCAUUGCAUGGGCCACUGAAUGUGAUCAGGACUGCAAUGCUGAGAUAAGGGGGAGGGCUAACCCUUUUCCUCCAUGCUGUUUGCCAGUGAUAACCACCUGUCUACUGAAGCUGAUGCUUGUAUUUGCCCCAUAUGGGAAGACUAAGGGAAUGGAACAAAUAAUGUUAUGUACGCAAAGUCCUCUGGACACCUGACAUGUGAUAGGGUUGCUGAGCCUGUGUCCCUCAAGAGGAUGUUUGGGUUGGAGUGUUGGAACUCUCAUCCAGCAACCUCUUGGAGGGCCACGGGUCCCCUGCCCUGCUAUAUGAUGUUAUUUUUGUGGGGAUCUACAACUGGGAAUGACCACAUCUUUUAAACAUAGCAUAAGCCUUAGAUAGACUAGGUGCUGAGGUAGUCACUUUUACAACCACCACCACCCUGAGAUAGAUAGAUGAUAAAUAGAUGAUAGAUGAUAGAUAGAUAUAGAUGAUAGAUAGAUAGAUAGAUAGAUAGAUAGAUAGAUAGAUGAUAGAUAGAUAGAUAGAUAGAUAGAUAGAUAUAGAUAGAUGAUAGAUAGAUGAUAGAUAGAUGAUAGAUAGAUAGAUAGAUGAUAGAUAGCUCCCUAAUUUCAGGUAGGAAAUUUGUUUUAGAAGUCAUUGUCAGGACCAGAAAUGGUACUGAGGGUAUUUUAUCAGGCUGAGUGGAAUUGAGCACCCAGCAUGCAUGCACACAGUAAUUCACUUUGUAACCACAAAAGCCAAUCUUCACAUGUCUGGCAUCGAAAUACAGGACUACUAGGUCAAUUUGUAUUUCAGAGUUCUGCCAAAUAUAUUUAUAUUUAUUUAUGGAAAGCAUAUUUAUCCCACUCUUCAGCUGACAAAAGGCUCACAGAGCACCUCACAAAGCAUCUUAAGGGCUGUCACAUGGAAGAGGGAACAAGCUUGUUUUCUCCUGCUCUGGAGGGUAGGACUCGAACCAAUGGCUUCAAGUUACAAGAAAGGAGAUUCUGACUAAACAUCAGGAAGAACUUUCUAACAGUAAGAGCUGUUCAACAGCGGAACGGACUCCCUUGGAAGGUGGUGGACUCUCCUGCAUGGGAGGUUUUUAAGCAGAGGUUGGAUGGCCAUCUGUCAUGGAUGCUCUAGUUGAAAUUUCUGCAUUGCAGGGAGUUGAACUAGAUGACCCUUGGGGUCCUUUCAACUCUAUGAUUAUAUAUCAUUGGGACAGUCCCUGCCUUAGGCUUACAAGGCAUGGCACAAAAGGAAAAGAAAUUGGGAGGGAGGGAAAGAAAACAAACCUAGAUGCUGCAGGUGUCCAGCUUAGCCAGUCCUUCAGCACUUGGCAUCUGUUACAAUCCUGUUGGAGUGCAGAGCCAUGCAGCCUAUGACAUGAUUUGCAUGGCUGAUUAGCAUGAGGUGAUAAAUAAGUUGCUGUUUUGUUUAUUUUUACACUUCAAUUUCAGACGGAAGCUGUAACCGUGCGGCUAAAUCCAAGAGUGAAGUACCCAUGAAGGGGUUGUGCUGGUGGCCAAUGGCAGGAUAACUGCAGGGCCCUGCCUCCUCCUUGAAGGUGCCUGCAGGGGCCAGUUGGUGCUGUUCUGCUGCUUGUCAAUUCGGUACCAUAUAUAGUUAUGAAGAAGGGGAGAGAUUUGCAUUGCAAAGCCUGUUUUAUUGCUGUAACAACCUCAGGUUUUAUGAGACAUAUUCACAAGUGCCUUAAGCAGGCAUAUGUGAAAUAGCAAAUAGCCCAGUGGCAUUUUGAAGACCAAUAAAUACAUUGUUGUGUAAGCUAUCAUGGGCAAGAGAGUCCUUCAUCUGUGGACAGAGAACGUGUUAGAUGUUUAUGAACACAGAUUUGAGGAAGCAGAGAGCCCACCGCUACACAAGAAGAGAAAAAGGAAAUAUCCCCAAAGCUUGGGUACCUUACAUUAAUUAUCUAACUCAGUCACUAGGCAUCAAUAAAAAUUGUCUCAGGCAUGCAUCUUCUUUGCAGGCUGAUGCUGAUAGGUUUAACCUAUUUGAAUGGUCUGCAUCUUUGCUGUUUUCACUGCACAGCUACCCUUCUGGACUGUUAAAUUCAAAGGUCAAAGGUGUACACUUAAUUUACUAAAGUCAACUCCUCACCUUAUGAUUGUAGAGACACUAGUGUUGUGCACCAGCAGUUUCUUCAGCAAAACGUGAAGUGCGGCUAAUGCAUGCUUGCACUUCUUUGAACUUCCUAAUUGGGUUCAGGCUUCUAGACAUAUUUAUGUCAAUGUUUAAAGAGACAGGUUUCCUCUCAAAAUACCAGAAUAAAAGCAGUGGGUUUUCUGCAGUAACUGUAACUUGUAGAGAUGAUGUACAUAGCCUGCUGCUUUAUAGACGUCAGUUCUGGGAUAUUGGACGGUACUAAUGUUUAUUAACAAGACAUUUUGCCCUGUGGGGAGUGCAUUGCUCAUAAGGUCAUAUGUCUGUUGAAUUCUGAACAUAGCUAAUUGUACUUACGAUUCCCUCCCACAGAGAAAAAAUCUGAAGCGAUGUGACCUGCCUUUUGUUGACUGAAUGCACGUACAGUGUGCAUUCUGGGUUUAUGAUACAUUCUCUCCAAAGGAUUUUCUUUACUGAACAGUGUGGACUUGCCUGUGCUUCCUCUCUUUGUUUGUAUGCAUUCAGUGCAGCCAGAGCCCUUUCCAGUUCCUUCCUACAGUAGAUCGACAACUGCACAUGAAUAAUAUUGAUGUCUCAGCUUUUCACCCAACAUGGCAUGAAUGGCUUCCCUCUGAGUUACAGAUUAUCUGCUGUUGUGUGCAAUACUAGUAAUAAGGUCAUAAACACAAUUCUUUUCUUUUGGUGAACAUGAAUUCAUCAAUUUUAAGACAAAUGAGCAGUUCCAGUUGCAGCAUAGUAGAUAGAAAUCCAUUCAAUGUGACUUGUCCCCAAUUUAUACAAAGAACACAUCCUAAUAGCUGUGAAAAUUCAUUUGAGUCAGACUUUGAGAAGCCAUAAAAAACAACGAGACCAGAAAGAAGCAGAAUUAAGUUCUUCUUCAACAGCUGCUCCUGAUUUAUUUUGGGGCCUGUUGACUUGACUGGUAAUUCCAUCACUCUCCUCAUCCACUGCUUAACUUUACCAGGAGAGUGCUGCUGUCAACUCCCACAUUCACUUCAGCAGCUGAUGCUGGAUAGCUGCUGGAAUCAGAAUCUACUGUGUUUAAGUGCAACUUUGGGAAAAUCCUAACCCUUGAUGAUUCCCAGCUGCUUCGACCUGUCCCUAGCUAGCAUUGUGUGCAUGCAGCCCCACAUUCUGAACUUGGUCGUUACUAACUCAGAUUGAAGGUAGCGGUAAUAGCAUACCAUAAUCAAUAUUCAGCAGAUGACAGGCAUGCACAGGACCUGCUCAACUUUCCUCACAAGUAAAAUUUUCUUGAAUGGUUGUGAGAAUAGACCUCUGUACCCCAUUACUGUUGUUUGGUGUGAGUGUGGCUUCAUGCUUUUUGUUGUGUUUGCAAUCGGGCUGGUAGAAAAGCAUAUCCCCAUUUCUUUCAAUGCAAAUGAGAUGGUGCUAUUUUAUACUGGAUAGCAGAAUUCUCAUCAUUAUGACUGGCGGAUGAGUGUGGAGAGAGGACCUGUAUAAUAUAGCACCCCCGCUAUAGGAGGGGUAGGAAAUGAAUUUCUGUGUGUGGUGUUAUGCAUAAUGUUUUGCAUAAAGCCCAACCUCAAGGAAAUAGGGAGACACUUUGGGGACACACACAUAAAAUGCCACAUUCUAUUUCAGCAAACUAAGGAAGAGGAAGGAGCAGAGCAGUUGCAUCAGAUACUUUGGGAUGUUCCAAGUGGGUGCAGAGUUCUUGCCCAUCUUGCGAAAAUGUGCCAUCUUCGGUCCAGACUCUUAGAUCUUCAUUGCUUCACUAUCCGGGGGUUAGUUGCUCAAGCCUCCUUCUUUCACACUCUGUCAGUCAACACAUGGUCAGAGAGACUUUAGUCCUGCAAUACUGGUGAUCAGAUAUGUGCUGAUCUUGAGUUGUUCUUUGGCGGUGGCAGGGAGCGUGGGCUGGCUGCAUGUUAUUCCUUUUAGUUCCAAGGAAAUGAAGCACCUCGAUUUUUGAUGUGUGUCUUGGUCCAGUUUUGUUUUGAAGUGCUGAAAUACCAAGCGUCUUGGAUAAGUUUAAUAUCUUAUUGCUGUUUCCCCGGUAGCAGUGUUCUUUCUUCAAAGCCAAACAUUUGUUUCUCACUCACACCGUUUACAACGGAUUCUUACUGCACAGAGGUCAUUAAAGACUAAUAUACUUAGAGGACACAAUAUUGUAGAAAUGAUGUAAAAAGGCUGUUUUUAAAGUAAGUACUUACAUGGAGUACAUUACAUUACCUGACAUUACUGUGAGCUGCCCCAAGACUUCUGGGUAUAGGGUGGUAUAUAAAUUCAAUAAAUAAAUUGACACAUGCAUCAUGUGAACAUACCUAAGAUCCCUGUCAAUAAGGUCUGGGGCAUUGGCAUUCAGUGUAAGGGACACUGAGCAUGUUCUGUGUUCCCAUGUUUCUGUAACUGUAAGUGAAAGGCAUCAGUCACAACUGUGGAGGAGUGAUGGAAAUUUGAACCUGGAUGUGUGUGUGUGUGUGUGUGUGUGUGUGUGUGUGUGUGUACACAUACUAGGGGCUGUGCUAUUGGUCACCCCAACACCCCCUACCACCCCCUGUUAACUCCCUAGAGCUUCCCCAUCCCACCCCAUGCAACUAUUAAGCUUGCUUUUUACCUUCCCAGCCCCUUUUCUGGGAGCCACGUCUGGUCUUCUCUUCUGCAGCCCUCUUUGCACCCGUCUGCACCUUCAUGCCUAGCUCCCCACCUCUUUGCCCUCCUUCCAUGCAACCCUCCUCGCACACAAACCACCCACAUGAUAACCUUCAGCAGCUGCCUUCUCCUACACACUGCAGCUACCAAGUACCCUUUUCACCUUCUGCCCAAUUAUGAAGCCACCAUCCCCGGCUUUCGGGGUCAACCCCAUUCCCACACCUCCCCUUCUUGCUCCCAUGCCGUGGCCACUGCUGUUGUGAGGUGAGGAGCAGCCACACUAGGGCUCUCCACACAUGGAUCUCCUUCCACAGAAAGGCUUGCCUGGCUACGACUUGGCCAUCUUUUUGCAGCAGGCACAGAACUUUAUUUUUUGAAGCUUUUGAGCUUCUCCAGUCUAUAAGUAUACCUAUUUUCCUCUCUCAGGUGGCGGUUCUGUUUUCUCUUUAUUGUGGCACAGAUGAUGAUUAUUGUUAUUGUUAUUGUUGUUAUUAAAACCUAAUUCGUAUGCUGAAAGUGAUCAUUUUUCUUACUUUAUUUCUUAAUUGCUCAUAAUGGCACAGUAAUGAAUACCAUCUGUUCUGUGCUUGCUCAGUGCACCACUUCUUGCUGACACAGCAGCCUCUUUUAACUCUUUCUUCUUCUUUUUCACAGAUUAAAAAAAAAGGAGAAGGGGGAAUAUGCAGCUUGGAGGAGCGGAAAGCUGUAA